AUGUAUCCGAACGACGAGACGAAAGACGCUUUUGAUGUUGGAAUUGACGAUGAUGAGGAUCUGAUUCCGUUUGGAACAAAUGGUUGGACUGCACCGGAAAGAAUAGACCCGAAAGUUCCGUCGAGGUUCUUAAAGCCCCAGCGGAAAACAGACGUCUGGGAUAUUGGAGUUGCAUUUUUGCAGACGGUACUGGGUGCCGAUGUGAUAUACCAGUUUGGCAAUCCGUCUGAUUUUCUUGUCGACUGCGUCAACUUGGACGAUAGUCUUCGCAGCUUUUUAGAGAAUAUUUUCCAGGUGAAGCUGAGGAAGAGACCAGAUCCGUUAGAACUACUUCCGGCGAAGUUUCUUCGUCUCAAUCUGGAUGUAUCCCCUCUCGCUGGACUCCGUGACACAUCUUAUGACAAUGCUGAUGCUAAUAGGGGCAGUAUAGGCUCUUCACGCGAGCUUUCGAUGGGUGUUGUGCGAGACUCGGGAGCCAAAAGUGUCUCUGGAUUCUCGGAUAUCUCGAAUGAGCCUGUGAUCAUGAUUCCGGCUCAACGGAAACCAGUGGUACGAUAUAAACGAGACUCGUUUGGUGCUUCCAACUUUGCAUCUGAACGAAAAACAACUUCACGUUAUGCACAGGACUUUGAUGAAGUUGGCAUACUAGGAAAAGGUGGUUUUGGGGAGGUGGUGAAGGCUCGAAACAAGUUGGAUGGCCGGUUUUAUGCGAUCAAGAAGAUCCGCCACACGGAGGACAAGUUGGCCAAGAUUAUGAAUGAGGUGAUGCUUUUGGCACGCCUUAACCACCAGUAUGUGGUCCGGUACUAUGCGGCAUGGUUAGAGGACGACUAUGCGUAUGAUGCAGACAACGAGAAUGCAAUCGAGAGUUUCGAUGAGGACACCGAUGAGUACGAAAGUGUGGAUACCGAUAGUGUCGAUGAUGAGGACACAACUCCGUCUCUUGUUCCUCCCGCAAGGCCAAAUGCUAACACGAACACAAACAGUCAAAGUUUCACGGACUUCAUCUCGAGCUCGAUGAACCCGGAGUUGAAUUUUGACUUUUCCGAUACCAGUGAGGAUGAGAAUGAGGAUGAGAAUGGGAAAAGUCACAAUGAAGGUGAGGAGGAGGAUCAGAAUGAUAGCAGUACUGAGUACUCUGGCAGCUCAAGUCAGGACAUUGCUACAACUUCAGAAACAGAGGAGUCUAGUGAGGACCCGUUUACCUUUGGUUCACAAAGCGACGACUCUGCAGGAUACACUAUUGGUGCAAGGGAGAAAAGCAACAGGACCAUUAUCCAGCCAAGGCGAACAAAGAAGAGAAGUGUUCUAUUUAUCCAAAUGGAGUACUGUGAGAACCGCACGCUCUUUGAUCUCAUACAGCAGGGACUUCCGGAUGAUCCCGAUAAUUACUGGAGAAUCCUACGGCAAAUCCUCGAGGCACUAAGCCAUAUUCAUGCACAGGGAAUUAUUCACAGGGACUUGAAGCCAAUGAAUAUUUUCAUCGACCGCAGCAACAAUGUUAAGGUUGGUGACUUUGGCUUGGCCAAAAAUAUGCACAACACGGCAACUGCUGCUAAAGUCCCGGAGGCUGAUAGAUCCAAUGAGGAUUUAACUUCAAACAUAGGAACCACGCUUUAUAUUGCAACGGAGGUUUUGAAUGGAAGCGGUACAUACAACGAGAAGGUGGAUCUAUACUCGCUUGGUAUCAUCUUUUUCGAGAUGGUGUAUAAGCUCAAGACGUCAAUGGAGCGGUACAAUGCGAUCAAGAAUCUAAGGACCCCUGAAAUCGUCUUUCCAGUUGAUUUUGACUCCAAGCGCUUGGCCACUGAGAAGAAAAUCAUAAGGAUGUUGCUAAAUCACAACCAGGAGAAAAGACCAUCGGCAAAGCAGUUGCUGCAAAGUGGAUUGAUCCGUGUUCAGCAGCAGGAUGAUCUCAUGAAGGAGGCUUUGAAUGCAUUAGUGGAUCCUUCCUCGUCCUGGCAUCACCAGGCUAGAAACAUCCUCUUUUCACAGCCGUACAGUUUUGCACGUGACUUGCUUUUUGGCGAUUAUACACAGGAUACAAACUCGGAUGUGACGGAGUACUUGCUUCACAGCACGAUUGAAAAGCAGAUCUCCAAGGUGUUUGAAACGCAUGGGGCCGUGAAGUUCUACGAUAACAACUCGAUUCUUUUCCCCAAGACGCCACUUUACGACGAAAGCUACCAGGUGUACGAUGUUUUGGAUAGAGCAGGCUCUGUUUUGCAGCUUCCGUACGAUCUCACUCUUCCAAUGGCAAGAUUGCUUGGAAGGAGAAAGCUUGAAGUCCAUAAGAUGUUUCGAAUUGAGUAUGUUUAUCGCUCCAGAGCAAACGAUGAAGGCUCGGGUCCGAUCAAGUUCAGAGAGGCGGACUUUGACAUCGUGAAUCAUUCAACCGAUGCACCCGAGUACAUUCCGUUUUCGGAUGCUGAGUGCAUAAAGGCCAUAGAUGAGAUCGUGUGCAUCUUCCCGUUCAUCAGAAAGUGCAACGUGAAGAUAAUCCUCAACCACUGCAAUCUCAUGGAAACCAUACUUGAGCAUUGUGGAAUUGAAGGGGCACAAAAGCUUAUGGUGGCACGUAUUCUAUCUGAAGUGGGCUACAGCCGAACCAUGAAGGAUGCUACAUCCACAUUAAAGGAGGAGUUGAACAUACCGUCGACCGUGUUGAAUGAGUUAGUCCAGUUUCAGUUCUGCUCACCACUUGACGUAGUGCGUGCGAAAAUACACAAGCUCAUGCUGGACAGCCCGUUGCUAAGCAGAAUUGACAGCGCCUUAAACUAUAUUGCGAGGGUUGUGAGGUACUUGAAGCUUUUCCAGAUCGAUCUAGCGAUUGAGGUUUGUCCAUUCAGCGGAUAUAAUGCGUCGUUUUAUCGCGGUGGAUUAAUGUUCACGGCAAUCUACGAGGAUAAGGCAAGAUCAAUACUUUGUGCCGGUGGAAGAUACACGCAUUUGAUUGGCUCAUUGGCCCGCAACAAGUCUCCACGCACGUUACCAACUGCUGUAGGAAUGCGUUUGGCUUGGGACUUCUUUUACAAUUCGAUGAAGAAGUACAUCAGUGCCAUAAGGCACCACAGAGGAAAGAAGAAGAAGCACUUGGACAAACAGCUGAGGCUCGCAUGGAACCCACGUGAGUGUAAGAUUCUUAUUGGAACGUUUUCUGUUGCUGCCUUGAAAGAGGUCAUACCUUACCUGUUGAACUACAUGUGGUCUUAUGGCAUUAGUGCCGAUGUCACCAAGAACUGCCUUACCACUGACGAUAUGAUGGCAGAGGCUGUGAAAUGCAACGUGAAGUAUUUGCUAAUCGUGAAGGCCCAAACAACGCUGCAGUUGUUGCUCAGACAAGGUCGCAGUGGCUCAUCCAAGUAUAAGCCACUCAGAUUGAAGAACUUGGAUGCUUCUCGGGAUUUCGAUGUUGAUUUGAAAGGUUUGAUGAAGAUAAUUAAAAGUGAAACUACCGGACUUGCCGACACUGAGGCCUCGAAUGAGUCGGAUGAGCAGAUUCCUGACGGUACUGAGCAUAAGGACAGCUCCGAAAAUAUCAGAAACCCUAACCAGAAAGUGAUCGUGGUGGCCAAUCAUGCUACAAAUGCCAAUAAAAAGAGCAACCGUAAAGAGAAAUGGGUCAUUGUUGAAGAUGCUCUAAAGGCAACCGGUGGCCUGCUUUCGAUCCUUGGAGAUGCCCCUAUAUUUACCAUAGAGGCGAGGGAAGAAGUGUUAGAUAUGAUCUCGAUAACUUCGCUAGACCAACCUGAAGAAUGGAAAAGAAGAGUUGGAGGUGUUUCCAGUGCUACUCCUCGAUCUUUUGUCAGCAACAUCUACAAUGCUUUGGCCAAAGAGGCAGCCAGGGGAACCAAGUGGGGGAUUGUUUACGGUGGGCCCAAGACUCAGAAGGUCUGUAUAGUUGAUCUACAGAGGUAG